GAGUGAUGAUUGGAGCUAGCACGCGACUGCACUUCACGCACAAGCGACAGGCUGACAGUCGGCAACCUCGCCUGAGAAGGAUUUUUUUGUGUGUGUGUGGCGAGUUUCACAAGUCAUUUCUCCUUGCGAAAGAAACACGUCACCAUCAUGGGUAAAGGUACAGUGAUUCUGGCCUACAGCGGUGGAUUGGACACGUCCUGUAUUCUUGUGUGGCUAAUGGAGCAGGAUUACGAUGUCAUUGCUUACAUGGCCAAUAUUGGACAAGAUGAGGACUUUGAAGCUGCUCGUAAAAAGGCACAAUGCCUUGGUGCCAAAAAGGUCUUCAUCGAAGACCUUCGCACCGAGUUUGUGGAGGACUUCAUCCUGCCCGCAGUCCAGGCCAACGCCGUCUACGAGGACCGAUACCUACUGGGGACCGCGCUGGCUCGGCCCUGCAUCGCCAAGCGCCAGAUUGAGAUUGCGCGGCGGGAGGGAGCCGAGUACGUGGCACAUGGUGCCACGGGAAAGGGCAAUGACCAGAUCCGUUUUGAGCUUGCUUUCUAUGCCCUCUAUCCAGAGGUUAAGGUUAUUGCACCCUGGAGGGUUCCAGAAUUCUACAACCGCUUCCGAGGGAGAACAGACCUGAUGGAAUACGCACAGAAACAUGGCAUUCCUGUGCCUGUCACUCCAAAAGCCCCUUGGAGUAUGGACGCCAACCUUAUGCAUAUAAGUUAUGAGUCUGGCAUCCUGGAAAACCCCAAGAACCACGCUCCAACUGACCUCUAUCAAAUGACCAAGAACCCAGAAGACACGCCCUCCUCCCCUGACGUACUGGAGCUGGAGUUCAAAAACGGUGUCCCUGUCAAGGUGGUCAGCGUGAAGCAAGGAAUCUCGAAAGACAGCCCUUUGGAUAUCUUUUUAUUUCUAAAUGAAAUUGGAGGAAAACACGGAGUGGGUCGCAUCGACAUCGUGGAGAACCGUUUCAUCGGCAUGAAGUCCCGAGGGAUCUACGAAACCCCUGGAGGUACCAUCCUGUUGGAGGCCCAUCUCGACAUUGAGACGUUCACCAUGGACAAGGAGGUGCGCCGAAUCAAGCAAGGGCUCGGGAUCAAGUUCUCUGAACUGGUCUACAACGGCUUCUGGUACAGUCCAGAAUUUGACUUUGUGCGCCACUGCAUAGCCAAGUCGCAGGAGAACAUUGAAGGCAAAGUGCAGCUCUCCGUCUUCAAGGGCCAGGUUUACAUUCUUGGACGAGAGUCGCCCAAGUCGCUGUAUAACGAGGAGCUGGUCAGCAUGGACGUGCAGGGAGAUUACGACCCGUGCGACGCCUCAGGAUUCAUCAGGAUCAACGCAGUCAGGCUGAAGGAGCAUCAGCGCCUGCAGGGUCUCUCCAGCAACAAGCUGUGAACCUACAGAGGAGCUCCACCUACAAUUUUGAAGAACCAUUCUUUAAAAAUACCGACAUUCUUUCAGAUGGCGCCCGUUGCCUUCUCCCGUGCUCCUUAAUAUGUUCAAAAUUAGGCCACUCUAAAAAUGCUCCUGAUGGUCGACGACUGUGUUGUGAUCGUUGUUUCCAACGGGAGUCAUGAUCAAUAAAAAUCAAAAGAAUUGCAAUUG